AGAAGGUGAAUCAGCUCAGAGGUGUAGAGCUAGACUGGAGAGGUAUUGCCGAACAGCUGAGCGUGCAGCAAAAGCUUUGGAAGAAAAGAACAUGCGUGACCUUGUAGCCCAGAAGGAGCAAGCUGAGAGAAAUAGAUUAGCAGAAACCCUGGAUACUGAAGUCAGGAGGUGGUCAAGUGGAAAAGAAGGAAAUUUGCGUGCAUUACUUUCAACCUUGCUAUAUAUUCUUGGGCCUGAUAGUGGCUGGCAGCCAAUCCCACUCACGGACGUCAUUACUUCUGCCGCUGUAAAGAAAACUUACAGGAAGGCCACCCUUUGUGUCCAUCCUGACAAGUUGCAGCAACGUGGAGCAAGUAUUCAACACAAAUACAUAUGUGAGAAAGUCUUUGAUCUCCUAAAGGAAGCUUGGAACAAAUUCAACUCAGAAGAGCGAUAGCACCCACUGUUCUGUUUUUGAACAUUCCCCUUUGCAAGAGAGCAGUUCCCUUAGCUAGCAAUAUGGGAUUCUGCGGAUACCUCGUUAUUUUUAUCAUUUUCCACGUUCUGUAAUAUUAUUAUUCCCUAAAUAUUUAUAUGUAAGAAAUAUUCAUCCUAAUUAUAGCAAAAAUUU